AUGGUAAUUAAAUGUCUAGCUAUCAGUCAUUACCCGGUGCUUGUCGUUACUCGACUGGGCAAUCCGCAAAUUCGAAGUAAUUUAAACUCUGUAGAUGAUAUUAAGCAGUGGGUGAAUGAAUAUGGUUCUUUAACAAAUACUCACUGGAUAGCAAGAAGCUCCAUUCCAGCAGGAACCAAAAUUUUGUGUUCAAAAAAGUAUGUUUGUCAUCAUAGUAGUUUCCAAAAGGUUUCUAAAGAAGACAAUAAGAAAGGAAACUCAAAAAAUGCUAUGUGCCCAGCAUAUAUAUUGUGUAGUAUAAAACUUCGUACACCAUGGACAAAAAAAACAGAUGUUUAUGUUAAGGAAGGUUUAUUGGCUUCUAUUAAAAUACAUUCAAAUCAUGGACAUACACUACAGACUGCCGAGACAUUAAGAUUUUUACCAGCUGACAAUAAUCUGAAGAGUACAUUUAUUGAAUAUUUUAAUAAUGGUUUGGGAAUUAUUGAAUCAUCUAAGUACCAUGAAAAUGUAUUGUCCUUGAAACAUGGUUUUAAGCAACAGGAUUAUGCCAAUGGUUCACUGAAUCCAACAUAUAGAUGUGUACAAAAUUGGUAUGAAACAUGGCGGCUCAAUAAUCUAGGUCCACGUAGUGGUUCUGGAUUAAUUGAAAAACUGAUAGAAAAAAAAGUGUUAUAUGAAAAAGAUGAUAUUAUUGUUAAUUUUAAACAAAAUCCAUUUGCUGUUGUUAUACUGACUCCUAUGAUGAAAAGAGCACAUCUACUAAAAACAUCAAGUGAUAUUGUCUUUGUGGAUAGUACAUCAGCAUGUGAUCCAGAAAAUCAUACCAUAACAUUUGUAUUAGCACCUUGUGCUGCAGGAGCUGUACCAUUAGGCAUUAUAAUCACUCAGGGUCAAAGUUAUGAUGCAUAUAAUAACGGAUUCAGUUUAUUGAAAGAAGCUCUUCCGGAAAAUAAAAGUUUUGGUUCUUGUGGAUAUCCUAAAAUUUUUAUGACUGAUAAUUCUUCUGCUGAAAUUAAGGCUCUUCAUAAUAAUUGGCCAAACAGUAGACAUUUAUUGUGCAUAUUUCAUGUGCUUCAAGCAAUUUGGCGUUGGUUAUGGGAAGCAAAAAAUAAUAUACCAAAAGAAAGCAGACAAAUUUUGAUGAAGAAAUUCCAAAUUACUUUAUAUGCUAAUACUAUUGAAAAAGCAGAACAAGCAUAUCUAGACACAAAAAAUCCCAACUAUGCAAAUUGGAAUAAAUAUAUUAGCACAUACUGGGAAUUUCGAUCAAAAUGGUGUCUUGCGUGGAGGGAUGCAACUGUCAAUGGUCAUCAAACAAAUAACUUUUCUGAAAUAACUGUUAGGAUUUUCAAGGAUAUAGUUUUAUCGAGAGUUAAGGCAUAUAAUGCAAUUGCAUUAAUUGAUUUUGCUUGUACAGUUUUGGAAGAAUAUUACUGUCGCAGAUUCAGAGAAUUUGCAAACUCCAGAAAUUGUAAAGCUAGACUUUUUCUUCAGUCACAAUCAAAAAAAGCCAGUACAAUUAAACCAGAAAAUGUAAUCCAAAUUUCAGAUAUUGAAUAUAAAGUUGUAACUUCUGAUGAUAAGACUUAUGACAUAAAUACAAGUGUAGGAAUUUGCUCAUGUGAUAAGGGACAAUUUGGAUCAUUUUGUGCUCACCAAUGUGCUGUUUAUUCAUAUUAUGAUGUUGUAUCGAAAAAUUUUCCUCCAGUCACACCAGAAGAUAAACAUACCAUUUCGGUUCUUGCCCAAGGUGAUAAAUCUCUACCAAUUUCAUUCUUUGAAUCUUUUUUACCAAAUUCUUCUUCUGCACAUUCCAUUUCUAAUAACUAUACAGAGUCGAAUAUUGAAAUCCAAUCUGAAACUGUGAAAGAACUAUUACCAAUGAUUGAAUGUCGUUUAAAAAAAAUUACAUCAGAAGGAAUGUGGGAAUCAUUUUUACACACUGCUGGAGGGGCAUCUGUACCACUUCGUAGAAGAUCUGGAACUACAAUUAAAGUUCAACCUACCACAAUUGCUAGGCGUUCAUUAACAUUAACAAGAGGUAGUAAACGUUUUCCAGUUGGGCGGCCAGCAAAACAGGAAAAAUUAAUAAAUAAAAGAAAAAGAAAUCUAGGACACAAUAUUAAAAAUAACCUCCCAAAUGCAAAGUCACAUGGACGUGGACAUUAA